AUGAUUACAGAGUCUCUGGCGAAUAACCUAGUACCCGAGCUUUAUCUCAUCAGGUUCAAGGAUCUACCCUUUACAAGACCCUCAGAAGUUGUACAACUGUUUAUUGCAGACAUAAACAACAUAAGAUCUUCAGCAGCCAUUGUGUGGAACACCAUGGACUUCCUUGAGCAUUCAUCACUGUCACAGCUACAACAACAAUACCAAAUUCCAAACUUCUUCAUAGGCCCUAUGCACAAAAUAGCUCCAAUUUCGACCACUAGUGUACUAAAGGAGGACAACAGCUGCCUUGCAUGGCUCGACAAACAAGAUCCUAACGCAGUUAUAUAUGUGAGCCUGGGAAGCUUGGAAAUGGUGAACGAGAAAGAGCUAGCUAAGAUGACUCGGGACUGGACAACACUGAUCAACCAUUCUUGUGGGUUGCGCGGCCCCAGAUUAGUUGAUGGCUCAAAAGUCUCCGAUCAAUGUCUUGAGCUCUUUCAACGUUUUAAAGAAAGAAUCAUAGGAAGAGACCAAAAGGUGAAUGCUAGGCACCUCAUUCAUGUAUGGAGGGUAGGCCUUGAAAUAGAUCCUGUUCUGGAGAGAGAAGGAAUUCAAAGAGCUAUAAGAAGCCUCAUGGUGGAGAAAGAAGGGGAAGAAAUGCGGCAGAGAGCAAUUGAUAUGGGGCAAAAAAUCAACGGUUGUGUGCAGAAAGGGGGUCCUUCCUACAAUUCUUUGAACGACUUGGAAGAGUUCAUCUGA